GCAUGAAUGAACACGGCGAGAACUUUCCCACAGGCUCCCAUUGAGCUUUUCGGACAGCGGAGGCGACGCGGCUCUGCGCAAGGCGAUCCCCGAAGGCUGCCAGGCGAGCGCGCACUCAAGGCACAGCAUGGACAGCCUCCGCGGGGCCCGCACUCCCCUCGUCCUCCGCCUCCUCCCUCUCCUGGCCCUGCUCCAGGCGGCGCUCGGAGGCGCCCAGACCCGCGAAGUUGUCCUGCUGGACUUUGCCAAGGCACAAGGGGAUCUGGGCUGGCUCAAUCACCCCUACGGCAAAGGGUGGGAUCUUCUCCAGAAUGUAAUGAACGAGUCUCUCAUCUACAUCUAUUCAGUCUGCAAUGUGAUGGACGGUGAUCAGGACAAUUGGCUGCGGACCAACUGGAUCUACCGCAGUGAAGCCCAGCGCAUCUUCAUUGAACUCAAAUUCACUGUCCGAGACUGCAACAGCUUCCCCGGUGGGACAGGCACAUGCAAGGAGACCUUCAAUCUCUUCUACGCAGAGUCAGAUGUGGAUUAUGGCAUCAAUUUUCAGAAGCGCCAGUUCCGCAAGAUUGACACCAUCGCCCCAGACGAGAUCACUGUGCGUGAGGACUUUGAGACCCGCAACGUCAAGAUCAAUGUGGAGGUGCGCUCAGUGGGACCCCUCACCCACAAGGGCUUCUACCUGGCUUUUCAGGACAUCGGGGCUUGCGUGGCCCUCUUGUCUGUCCGGAUCUAUUACAAGAAGUGCCCCGGAGUCUUCCAAAACAUGGCGAGUUUCCCUGAGACUAUUGCUGGCGCUGAUUCACAGCCCUUGGCCAAGGUUCCUGGGACUUGCGUGAAAGAUGCCGUGUCCAACGAGGAGCCGUUCAUGCACUGCAAUUCGGAUGGGGAGUGGCUGGUGCCCAUUGGCGAGUGCCUGUGCCGUGAGGGGUAUGAGAAGGACGGGGACAGUUGCAGAGCUUGCUCACCUGGGUCCUUUAAACAGGAUAUCUCCAACAGCGCCUGCUCAAAAUGUCCUUUGCACACGCAGCCAUCUGCUGAAGGUUCUACCUCAUGUCCUUGUGAGGACGGCUAUUUUCGGGCCUUGAGUGAUCCUGUCUCCAUGCCGUGUACUCGACCCCCUUCAGCUCCCCAUGGUGUCACAGCCAUAGGGUUGGGUGCUAAGGUGCAACUACGCUGGUCCCUACCUCAGAACCCAGGUGGCCGCGAGGACAUAACAUACAGUGUGUCGUGUGAACAGUGCUGGCCAGAAUCAGGGGAGUGCCAUCCCUGUGAUGCCACUCUUCGUUAUUCAGAAAACCCUCACAACAUAGUCGGCACUUCCCUGACCAUCAGUGACUUGGAGCCACAUGUGAACUACACCUUCACAGUAGAAGCCCGGAAUGGAGUGUCCUCCUUUGGCACACGGCGUAGCUAUGGCGUCACCAGCAUCAGUGUCAACCAGACGGAACCUCCCCGCGUGACAUCAGUGACCAUGGACAGCCGCACUGCAACCAGCCUGACUCUAUCCUGGACUGUCCCAGCACGGCAGGAGAGCCAUGUCUGGAAAUACCAGGUCACUUAUAAGAAGAAGAAGGAUGAAAACAGCUACUCGGUGUUGCGCUGCGAAGGGAACUCUGUGACCCUGCCAAAGCUCACCCCUGGGACCAAGUACUUGGUGAGCGUCCAGGCACUGACCCAGGAAGGUCAGGGAGCCAACAGUGUGGAACACGAGUUUGAGACGCUUGCUGAACGCUCUGAUGGCACAAACACCGCAGCAGUCCUUGGCGGUACUAUUGCUGGCUUAAUCGUAAUGGUUUUCGUGGUGCUGAUGAUUGUCCUGUUGAUUCGCCGGAGGAGAAAUAACUCGAGAGCCCGGCAGACGUCUGAGGAUGUUUAUUUCUCCAAGUCUGACCAGCUGAAGCCCCUGAAGACUUAUGUGGAUCCCCACACUUAUGAAGACCCCAAUCAGGCAGUAUUGAAGUUCACAACUGAGAUUCAUCCUUCAUGCGUCUCCCGGCAGAAAGUCAUAGGGGCAGGUGAAUUUGGGGAAGUCUACAAGGGAACCCUGAAAAAUGGCAAGAAGGAGAUCCCAGUGGCCAUCAAGACACUGAAAUCUGGCUACACAGAGAAGCAACGCAUUGACUUCCUGAGUGAGGCAAGCAUCAUGGGCCAGUUUUACCACCACAACAUCAUCCACUUAGAAGGAGUCGUCUCCAAAUAUAAGCCUUUCAUGAUCAUCACGGAGUACAUGGAGAACGGUGCCCUUGAUAAAUUCCUGCGGGAAAAAGAUGGGGAGUUCUGUGUUAUUCAGCUGGUGGGCAUGUUGAGGGGUAUUGCCUCUGGUAUGAAGUACUUGGCCAGCAUGAACUAUGUCCAUCGGGAUUUGGCCGCCCGCAACAUCCUUAUCGACAGCCAGCUAGUCUGCAAAGUCUCUGACUUUGGUCUCUCCCGUGUUUUGGAGGAUGAUCCUGAUGCCACCUACACUACAAGUGGUGGGAAAAUCCCAAUCCGGUGGACAGCACCUGAGGCUAUCUCUCAUCGAAAGUUCACCUCGGCCAGUGAUGUCUGGAGCUAUGGAAUAGUUAUGUGGGAGGUGAUGUCUUAUGGUGAACGGCCUUAUUGGGAGCUCUCCAACCAUGAGGUGAUGAAAGCAAUUAACGAAGGCUUUAGGCUUCCUGCACCCAUGGACUGUCCUUCUGCAAUCUAUCAGCUGAUGAUGCGAUGCUGGCAACAGGAGAGGAGUCACAGGCCCAAAUUCAGUGAUGUUGUUAGCAUCUUGGACAAGCUUAUCCGUGCUCCUGAGUCGCUGAAGACUUUGGCUGAGUUUGAUCCCAGGAUCUCUAUUCGCCUACCCAGCACCAGUGGCUCAGAGGGGAUCCCUUUCCGAACUGUGGCCGAGUGGCUGGAAUCCAUCAAAAUGCACCAGUAUACAGAGCACUUCAUAGCCGCUGGGUAUAAUGUCAUUGAGAAGGUGGUCCAGAUGACCAAUGAUGAUAUCAAGAGAAUUGGGGUGCGUCUACCAGGACACCAGAAGCGCAUUGCCUACAGCCUCCUGGGAUUGAAGGAACAGGUCAGCACCAUUGGCAUUCCAAUCUGAGGUGGACAAGUCUUGCCCUGUAUUGGUAGCCUUGUUGCCCAGUUCAGCUACUCAGUGGCCGAGCCAAAAAAACAUUUGGCGAUUGUACUUCCUGAGUCAUACUUGAAGUGGAGAAUCCAAGUGACCUCUCACUCAGCAAGGAUUGCCGACUGCCAAAGAGGAGUUGGAUGCCUGCCUUCCCUUGUGCUUCCUCAGCAUAGCUCCACAUUUUAUUGCUUGGCCUCCAACCUCUCUUGUCUUCUGGAAACUGCAACCACUAUUCUGUGGUGUUGGAAAUCUUCAGGAUGAAAGAUUGGACUCUGCCAUGUGCUCUGGUUGUGUGCCACCAAGCAAAUCUGCCAAAAGCCACAUUUCAUUCCUCCUUCCUCACUCCUGGCUUGGAUAGAUCCUGGAACUGCUGAAUACGUAGUGCCACCCUUCCUGCCAUCUUGCUUUCUCUGUUUGCAGCCUGCACAAAGUUGACCAAAGCAAUAUAGAGCUGUAUGUUCCACCCCCAACUGUUAUCUUACAUCAGACCCUCUCCUGGAAACUUACAGGUCCAAUGACAUAUUUAUUUCCAUAUUUGGAAGCCCAGAAAAAGUCUUAUAGACACGUCUUUGUCCUUCAGUCUUUAAAAGAGAAUGGAGAUUGAGAACUCCAGAAAUACAGUUCAGUCUGGUUAAGAUUGUGGGGAUUUUCGAGUGGGGACAGGAGAGCUUCCUCACUCACGACACAGCAACCGUGCUGGAACGAUUGGACACUCAAGAGUUGCUCUUGGUUAACAUGUAUCUGUUCAGAAACUAACAGACUUUUCCUUUCUCCUCCCACUUUUUAAGAAACCAAACUUGGUUGUGUCAAGAAUGAGGCCUUACACAGACUUCCUUCUGGCAUUCGUGAGUUUCAGCCUAGAAGUGUUUAUGCCAAGGAUGACUGAAAACGACUCUCCACCGAGUCAUUUUUAUUUCUUUCCAACCCUCUAUUUAUUCAUCUUUUCCAACUGCUGCCUCUCCUCCAUAUUCCUGCAAUGCACUCUCUACGUACUGAUACUUGUUCUUCCUUCUUCUUCUUACUUUCUUUUUUAAAUUUUAAUUUAUUUUUUAUAUUUAUUGAGGUUUUUUAAAAGCAGACUUAUUGCUGUUAAGGGUAAUCAUGCACAACUUGAACAAAACAAUUUACUUUGUGUGCGUGAAU